AUGGUAGAUUAUGAUGAUUACGCGCCUGGGACGACAGCCAGCCGACAGAUGUCUGUGGUGGCACCCAGUGGCUCGGGAUCUGGCUCAAUCGCCGCAGCUCGAGAGUCAAAUCUGCGCGAUGCACACUGGUCCCAGGUCCUGAGAGGCAGGCUGCCCAGCGCUGCGACGCUGGUGGUGCACAUGCUCUCGCUGGCUAGUGGCGACUGCACGCUCCUCCUUGCAGGGCCACAGUCUGGCAACCAGUUCUGUUCUUGUCCCGGCUUUGACGAACAGAGUAAGACCACCGCCCGACGGGUGUACAAGCAGUUGUGGAGAAGCAUGAUGAAUUCACGGAAAGCAGGAGCAAACGCGUUAUCAAUACGAACGUCGUCUUCGACCGCCUCUUCGCCGACGACCUCGUCAGUGGAAGCAGACUUCGAGGACGAAGACACUAACAUGACCAUGUCCCAAUCCUACUCCUCUUCACGGUCGUUGACCGUCUCAAUACCGAAGAACAUCACCAGCCCUCACUGCAACCGCCGACCAAACCUCUCUGAAAUCCUUGCAAAUACCGCACCGCCGCCAUGGACGCUAAGUUCCUUCAUGGCAUUUCUGUCGCAGAACCAUUGUCUGGAAAACCUGGAGUUCACCAUGGAUGCUUCUAGGUAUCGAAAACACUAUUCCAAGAUGGUAAAUCGCCAUCCUGGAAGCCCCAUCUCACCCCUCUCCGAUGAGUGUGCAUACGUGCUCAUGCUAUGGCGACGAUUAAUCGAUGCUUACAUUAGAGAAUCAGGUCCCCGAGAGGUCAAUCUUCCCGCUGACGUUCGCGAUACCCUUCUCAACCUGUCCGAAUCAUACGUUCCUCCGCACCCAUCGUCGUUAGACGAAGCCGUCGCGAAGAUUUAUGAGUUGAUGGAAGAAAGUGUGCUAGUGUCUUUCCUUAACUCCGUCUGCCCUCAAAGCGCUUUCCCUCCGUCAACUGGCUACGACAGCCAUGAUACAGGCCUUCAAAGAUCUCAAACCCGCAGCUAUGACGAUCGUACCGUAUAUCACACUCGCAGCCAGCAACAACACCCCACGCAUCAAAGAGCAUCCGCACCCUCAUCCCUUACAUCGAAUUUCAUGCAUCCGCGUCCCUUUUCUCACUCACGCUUCAAUUCUCAACCCACAGCAACCUCGUCAUCCUCAUCGCCAUCAGCACGUGCAACACCAGGUUAUGGUAGUGGCAGCGAGGCAUUGACGGACGAUUCUGGAAGCGGCAGCCCAAGUGGCAUAAGCGACCCAUUAACACCACCCGGUACCCCACCAAUGAGCGACUAUCCCAUGAACGACUUCCAUCAAGCAUAUUAUGAAACCGGUAGCACACAUAGCGGAACGCCAAGUCCAAGGACAAGCAGGGGCGAGCACAAUGGUCUUGCAGGCGCGACAAGGGAUAGCUGGAAACGCGUGAGCAGUAAGCUGUGGCCUAAGAAAAGAAGCGGUGGCGCGCUUCGGGAAGAGGAACAAGGCGCCGUUGAAGGAGGACUUUUCUGA